AUGUCAGGUAACUGGUCCAUCCUGAGGUUGUCAUCACUGGCUCCACCCACCAGCUCCGCAGCCCUGCCCCUUCCCAACACCUCCCAGUACCCUCCUCUCACAGACUGGGAGGCUCCCAGUUUCACCCGUGCUGCUCAGUUCCGUGUUGGAGCCACCUUGGUCCUCUUCCUGUUCGCGGCCUGCAGUAACCUGGCCCUAUUGGCCAGCGUGUGGCGUGGGCGUGGCCGUCGGCUGGCAUCUCACUUGCGACCGCUGAUGCUGAGCCUGGCGUCGGCCGACCUGAUGAUGACGUUUGUGGUGAUGCCUCUGGACGCUGUGUGGAACGUGACAGUGCAGUGGUAUGGAGGAGACGCGCUCUGUAAGCUGCUCUGUUUCCUCAAGCUGUUCGCCAUGCACGCCUCUGCCUUCAUCCUCGUCGUCAUCAGCCUCGACCGACAGCACGCCAUCCUGCACCCACUGGACGCUCUGAGCGCGCACUGCAGGAACCGACGCAUGCUGCUGCUGGCCUGGAGCCUCAGCGUGCUGCUGGCGUCACCACAGCUCUUCAUCUUCAGGGCGAUCAGGGUGGAGGGCGUAGAUUUCACUCAGUGUGCGACUCACGGCAGCUUCAGGCGCCGCUGGCAGGAGACGGUUUACAACAUGUUCCACUUCACCACGCUGUACGUCGUCCCCCUGCUGGUGAUGAGCUGCUGCUACAGUCGGAUACUGGUGCACAUCCACCAGCAACACCAGAGGGAAAAAGCAGGUGAGUCGUACCUGCGUCGCAGCGGCACUGACAUCAUCCCGAAGGCUCGGAUGAAGACUCUGAAGAUGACGGUGGUCAUCGUGCUGUCCUUCGUGGUGUGCUGGACUCCGUACUACCUGCUGGGGAUCUGGUACUGGUUCCAGCCCGACAUGCUGCGUGUCACACCUGAGUACGUUCACCACGCCCUCUUUGUGUUCGGGAACUUGAACACCUGCUGUGACCCCGUCAUCUAUGGUUUCUACACUCCGUCCUUCAGGGCCGACCUCGCUGCCUGCUGCCGCCGGACUACGACCGGCGCUGACGCCUCGCCACGAUCUCUGGACCGACUGUCCGCCAGACAGGAUCCUCACAGCGGGGAGCAGGAGUCGGACCCGGCCCCCAGAAAGCCGGCAGGAGACUGA